UAGGUCAUUUGUCCAACGUACAUAGUAGUUCAAAAUUUUAACCUACAUUUUUCAAAACUAAAAUUCAUUGAAAAUGACAAAAAAAUUCGACCAAAAUUGGGACAUAGACGCUCAUUACGACUCAACAGAAUUAGAAGAGCACUGGCAGCUUCGGCGCGAAUUUAUGCGAGUGCACAAAGACAAAUUUCCCGAAGACUACGUUGUGGCGUUAGCAAAAACUUUUACCAACAUCGAGUUUCUGGGUUGCAUUUAUCCGGCACCUGUGAUGAUGCGCAUAGCGGAAUUGAUUAAGGAAGUCGACAUGGUUAAAAAGUAUCGGGAGCAAAAGAAGACUAAACUUCAAAGAACUUUUGUAACGGCCUCGAAUGCUGCCGAAAAUAAAUUCUCCGGUAAAAAGACUUAAGCAUGUAGAUUAUUAAAUAAAACAUUUAUAUCACUUAUCGUU